UACUUGACAGUUCGAAUCCUAGUUCGAAUACAUUCAAUUUUUAAGUGAAAUCUUUAGUAAAUAUUAGAUAUUAAAAUGCUAUAAUGAUUCGUUUAUUUUGUUUUCUGGCAAUAUUUAAUAGUGGUUUUGCAAGUGAUAUAACCAGCACAGUUUUUGGAAGCCUCAGGGAUGGAAUACCAGCAGCAUUUGGUGAUUUCAAUUCAGACGAAUUAACAGAUGUAUUUGUAUUAAGAAAUAAUAGUAAGACCAUAGAAAUAUUGUUAGCUACAAAUCAUGAGCCCCUUUUAUCACCUGGUGAUAAAAUGCGCUGCCAUUUUAAGCAUAAAAUCACCAGCGUAGUACCAGGAGACUUCGAUGGGGAUGCCUUGAUGGAUGUUAUGGUAACUUGCAAAGAACAUGAUGAUAAUAAAUUAGGUGUCCAUGUUUUAUGGGGUGGUAGACAAUACUUAAAUUGUAGUAAUGAAGAUCCUUUAUUCUAUACCCAUGACCAACCUUUAGCUAUUGAUUAUAACCAAGAUAUGAUUGUCGACUUGUUUGGCUUGGACUUCAACAGAAACCGUGUUUUCUGGAUAUUUGAUAACUCUCGAACCAAGCCAAAGGUUGUUAAUCUCCCAGCUUAUGCUGAUACUUAUGGCGGUACCAUGCACUAUCCUAUGAGAUCCCCACAUUCUAAUGCUUUUGUCGAUCUGAAUCAUGAUUUUACCCCAGAUCUAUUUAUAACAGCUGAGACUAAAUUUGAGGUUUGGUAUGGAGUAGACACAGACACCGAACCUAGAUUUAUGUAUAAUCAUUCAAUACAAUUGCCGGUUGGGUCUUUGAAUGGCCAUGUAGGCCAAACCUUAUUUUUGGAUGUUGAACUGACAGGAAAGUUAGAUUUGCUUGUACCUAUUUGUUUUGAUGAUAAUUGUGUCAAUAGUACUAUACUAGUUUACAAAAACAACCGCUGGCAUAAUCUUCAGGUUAAUUUUAAGGAUGAGAACAAUGUUGUUUGGGGCUUUUUAAGACCAGAAGAUAACGACAAACCCUAUAAAUCAACUAUUACCCUUCAUGGUGGUGAUUUUAACAUGGACGGCUACCCAGAUAUUUUAGCCACUUUAAAUCCUGUAUCUCCUAAAUCUUACCAACCACAAUCAUUUUUAUUGGAAAAUAUACCUUGCACCAGUAACUGUGGUGCAUUCGAUCGCACAUACACAGUACGCUGGAAAGGAUUGUUGCCUUUUACCAACGGUACAAUAAUGUCUGUGUUUUAUGACUUUUAUCAAGAUGGUAUAUUGGAUGUUAUAUUAGUGCAAGAAAAUCCUGUGAAUAAAUCUACACAAGUUGCUGCUUUUAGAAAUACUUUGGAUUAUGAUGCAAACUUUAUCAAGAUUAUGGUAUUGACAGGGCUCAAAAAUGAUGAAGAUUCAAGCACUAUCGGCCCUUUAGGAGAUAAGAGGACAUAUGGAACAAAUUUACCUGGCCCAAGAAUAAAAUACUACACAACGACUCAGGAAGGUCAACAGAGAUCCGGAGUUUGCGCUCAGUUGCCUCAAUCAGCAUACUUUGCUCUGCACCUUCCUUAUUCAAUAUUCGGCUUAGGACGAACCCCAAAUUUCGUCGAUUCUUUAACAGUAGGUUUGUCCAGUAGAUCCAGAUCGUGGACCCAGAUCAUUCCCAAUUCACAAAUGGUAAUAAUACCCUGGCCUCCUGCAGAACCUCUGAAAUGGAAAAAUCAACUGUUUGUGACUCCUAGUAAAUUAAUUUUGUUGAGUGUCGCCGCAUUAACUGGAACCUGUGUACUGAUUGCUUUGAUAAUUGUGAUUUUACAUUUAAAAGAAAGGAGAGAAGAUAAGCUGGAAAAGCAGCAAGAAUCUCAUAGGUUCCAUUUUGAUGCUAUGUAAUAAAUAGAAUUUAGUCAAUAUACAAAAUUCAUUUUUUAAUAAAAACUGUUUAUGACUUUACGUGAUGUAAAUAAUUGUAACAUAAACUAUAUCAUAGAAUAAGUAAUUUAUUUACCCUUAUUGAUUAUUUUAUUAGAUUUAGGCACAAUUUUGUUAACUUCCAGCAAUGCUAUU